UUGCUGCACAUCAGACCCACAAGAAGAUAUUGUUCACACAUAGAAAAGCAUAGGAUAAAAUAAAAGUCACUGGUUGAAUUGAUGGACUGAUGGGAAGUGUUCUCUUUUAACCGUGUGUGGCUGAUGUGGUGACAUUUGGGUAAAACUAAGACCAUUGACUCUUAAUGGUUUGUACAUCAACAAGACACUUAGAAACAUGGAAAAGUAAGGCAUCAAGGCCUCUUUUUAAUAUACAAUGCAGUGCUGCUCAUGGUUCCUGCACACUUGUGAACACUUCUAAUAAAGAAACUGGAAUGGAAUCAGCAUACAGUGCCAAUCAUCAGAAGUUACCCAUUUCUGCAUCAGUCAUGUGUUUGGAGGCAUCGACAUAUACACAGGAAGAAGAGUGUUUGAGUGGCUGUGAACAAGAAGGGUCAUACAAGAUAAAUAAAGCUGAAAGUAAUGAUCCCAAGGAUGAUUGUGGUAAAAGUUUAGAGACUGAGAAUUCCCCUACACUGUUCUCUGUAGAGGGACCUUUGGAAUUGUGCAGGGUAUCCAAACGCCCCAGUAGGAAUACAGAGCUUGAUGGAGGUUGCCAAUAUGGAGUCUUGCUGCACCCAGCAGAAUGGAAUUUUGAAGGUGGUGAUGCAGAGUUAGAUUAUGCCUCAAUUCCUGAGGUAGCGUCUUCCAAUUCUUCUCCACAUAAAAAUGCAUACAAUGCAGUAAGUUCACCAAGUCAGCUAGAAGUCAAAAAGCUAAGAUCAAGCAUUACCACAUUUUCUGACUAUGGGCCUCAAACAGAAUGUAUGCCUAAUGAAAUCACUGAACUCUAUAUUUGUGAAGCAUCAGAUGAGUUAUACGGACCUAUUUCUUUUGAAGAUAACUUCACAGUGUUACCACACAGCAUGGGAUAUUUUAUGAGAAAAAGAAAGCGAGCAACCAGUGGAAAGCAGAAUAGCAGUCUUUCUAGUGGAAAUAUAUCUUGCUGCCAAUUUGGGAGAUACUCUGAAAAGGUUGAGAUUCCUGAAAAAGACAGUUCAGAGAAGCAAGAAGAAGCAGGAAAAGAGGAACUGCCAUAUGGAGAUGUCUUUCAGUGGACAGACUCCAUGACUUCACUGAUGACGAAACUCGACCAGCUGAACCUGGACAUUGAGAAUGCACUUAGUGCCAGUCCCUCUCCUGCCAGCACCCCUGCCUCCAAGAGACGUGAAGGGCAUCAGCCAGCACUGCUGCUGAAGUUGAACCAGGAGGCAGCUGAGAUCGAUGCCAAGGAAGCAUGUGACUGGUUGAGAGCUGCUGGAUUCCCUCAGUAUGCGCAAUUGUAUGAAGAUUCCCAAUUCCCAAUUGACAUUGCGUCUGUAAAGAAAGAUCAUGAUUUUCUUGACAAAGAUUUCAUUGAACCACUUUGUAGGCGACUGAAUACUUUGAAUAAGUGCACCUCUAUGAAAAUCGACAUCAACCUUCACAAGAAAAAAGGGCGGCUUCUAGAGGAGUUGGGCAUCUCGGACAGUAGUUUUCAGAUUUCCACAUUUUACAGCAAAUGUAUGGUUACUAGAAGUUGCAAUCUAAAUUCCACAUCAGUAACGAGUGAAGACUCUGAUGAGGAUGAUUUGUGUGCAAUUAGUGACAAGUGGACCUUUCAAAGGAGCAGUAAGAGGUGGUCACGACUGGAUGACAUUGAUGUACUGUUUCCCCGACAAGACGGCCAUUUUUCUGCAGGUGGCAUAAAAUUAAAAAACACAACUAGCAGUGAAAGUGUACUCACGGACCUCAGUGAACCUGAGAUCUCCUCCAUUCACAGUGAAAGCAGUGGAGGAAGUGAUAGCAGGAGCUUGGCUGGUAGAACUAUCGAAACAAACUGUGCAACCACAGAACGCCCAGAAAGUUCUCUGCGGAACUGUGCUGAAACCACAGCAAUGCCAGACUCCACCUCGCUGAAUAGUUCAUUGCCACAGACUCCCAAAGACAUUACAAACUACAAUUUUGGUGUAAAAGCUGAAAACAAUGCAAAAACGAAGGCAAAAAAUUUACUGAAGCGUAUGGAAACAUUAAGACCAAGGGCUUCUCAUAGUAAAUUAAAGGGAUCUCUGCGAUCUGGAGCCCUGGUUAUCAGCUCACCUGUACUGCAGCAGGAGCCUGAGUCACUGAAGACUAUGCAGUGUGUGGAGAUAGUCAAUGGAAACCUGAAUAGUUUAGCAAAAGACGUAACCAAAAGCGGAUUUUCGUCAUCAACUCAGUCCAGUAGUGAUAGUCACUCCGAAACCAGCAGUAGCGCUGUAAGUACACCGUGUUUAAAAUCACGAAAGAGACGUUUUGCCAACAAGCGUAGUGGCAUGUACCUUGAGGAUGUCGAUAUCAUGGCAGGAACAGCAACAAAGCAGAUGGCUGAUCAGAAUCGUAGAAAUGAAUUUCGUUCCCAGGAAAACCUUGUUGUUCACAUUCCAAAGGAUCACAAACCAGGCACCUUCCCAAAGGCACUUUCCAUUGAAAGCCUUUCUCCUACUGACAACUACAAUCCUGUAAACUGGCGGACCGGAAGUAUCUCUCUGGGAAAACAGAAGUGCAGCAUUAACAAACCCAAGAACUGUUACCCAAAAGGAAGUAGAAUCAGCAUCUAUGACAAUGUACCUGGAUCCCAUUUAUAUGCCAGUACUGGUGAUUUGAUGGACUUGGAAAAAGAAGAUAUUUUUCCUCACUUGGAUGAUAUCUUACAGCAUGUGAAUGGACUGCAGCAGAUUGUCGACCAUUGGUCAAGAAACGUAUUACCUGAAAUACAGGAUGAUGAACUGUCAGUCUGUGAACGCCAAUUCCACUCAUCCAAACAAAUAAUGCUUGAUUUUGAAAGGCAUUCAAUGUCAGAUGGUCAAACUACUCCCAGUGACUUUGAUCGAGAUGGUCAAUCCCUUAACGAAUCUGAAGCCAUAGAAUUAAGAGAUCGCAGGGACUCUGGAGUAGGGGCAUCUUUAACCAGACCCAGCAGGCGUCAGAGGUUACGGUGGCACAGUUUCCAGAUUUCACAUCGACUUAGCCUCACUUUAGCUUCACUACAAAUCAGCAACCAGUCAGCAGCUCAGCUCAACCUGCUGCAGAAGUUUUCCCUCCUUCGUCUCACAGCUAUAAUGGAAAAAUACUCACUUUCAAAUAAACAUGGCUGGACUUGGUCUGUACCAAAAUUCAUGAAGAGGAUGAAAGUACCUGACUACAAAGACAAGAAUGUUUUUGGUGUGCCUUUGAUAGUUCAUGUACAGAGGACGGGACAGCCCCUCCCUCAGAGCAUUCAGCAAGCCAUGCGUUACCUGAGGAGUCAUUGUCUUGAUCAGGUGGGCCUGUUUAGGAAGUCUGGAGCCAAAUCCCGAAUUCAAGCUCUUCGACAGAUGAACGAGGCUUCUCCAGAUAAUGUCAGUUAUGAAGAUCAAUGCGCAUAUGAUGUGGCUGAUAUGCUGAAGCAGUUCUUUCGAGAUCUCCCUGAUCCUCUCCUGAGCAGCAAGCUAGGGGAAACCUUCCUUCAUAUCUAUCAAUAUGUCCCCAAAGAGCAGUGCCUGCAGGCAGUGCAGGCAGCCAGCAUGCUGAUGUCGGAUGAAAACCGUGAAGUUCUGCAAACCCUUCUUUGUUUCCUUAGUGACGUGACUUCCGUAACAGAAAAUCAGAUGACACCCAUGAACCUUGCUGUGUGCUUGGCACCUUCCCUCUUCCACCUGAAUUUACUUAAGAAAGGCAGCUCCUCACCAAGGGUUAUGCAUCGUAAAUAUGCAACAGGAAAACCAGAUCAGAAAGAUUUGAAUGAGAACCUGGCAGCAACACAAGGGCUGGCCCAGAUGAUCAUAGAAUGCAACAAAAUUUUCCAGAUCCCUCAAGAUAUGAUGAUGCAGUCCCGGAACUCUUACAUUGAGUCUGAUGCCCAUCCACUGACACUGGAGGAACUUGGAAAGCAACUGGAAGAUGAGGGGGCAAAUUAUCAGACUUACCUGGAGAACCUGAUCCAGAAUCUCCAGAAAGAAGCCAGAGAGAAAUUUAAGGGCUGGGUUUCAUGUCCAUGCCCUGAUAACACUGAACUUUCUUACAAAAAGGUUGGUGAUGGUCACCCUCUUCGAUUGUGGAAAGUGUCUGUUGAAGUAGAGGCACCACCUUCUGUUGUUCUAAAUCGGGUACUACGAGAGCGCCAUCUGUGGGAUGAUGACUUACUCCAGUGGAAAAUCAUCGAAUCAUUGGAUAAGCAGACUGAAAUUUUCCAAUAUGUCUUGAACAGCAUGGCCCCUCACCCCAGCAGGGACUUUGUCACACUGAGAACAUGGAGGACAGAUUUACCAAAGGGAACCUGUGCACUGGUGGCAGUUUCCAUAGAGCACGAUGAUGCACCUUUGGUGGGUGGCGUCCGAGCCAUGGUCAUUGACAGUCAGUGUCUGAUUGAGCCAUGUGGCUCUGGGAAAUCCAGAAUGACGCACAUCAGCAGAGCUGAUCUGAGGGGUCGGACUCCAGAAUGGUACAACAAAGCCUUCGGGUAUCUCUGUGCAGCAGAUGCUGGAAGAAUCAGAAACUCCUUUCAACCUAUAAAUGCAGAGGGUCCUGAAACCAAAAUCUAAAACAGAAGAGCCUGUGUUAGAAGGGGUGCAUCUGUAGAAGGAACAGGGAAGCUAUUUUAUGGGAAAGUUGAUUGCUGGAGGCAGAAAUAUAAAUUAGCAAAAGUUUGGUUAAAUGGUUCACAGUAAUGAUGAAAAGCAAAGACAUUUGUAAAGUUCCUGCACUGAGUGAUAUCUCUGCCAAGGGUCCUUGCAGCACUAUACUGUCCUUUUGUAAAAGCGUUCCUCUAGGUUGCAGAUACACAGUGGUGCUGACCAGCAUCAUCCACAGCAAGCUUUUGUAAUAUUGCAAUCCGUUUCUUUGUGUCCUGAUUCAAACUUUCAGCAAUUCCUGUGCCCAUUGCUGGAUCAAUUUGUGUUAGAUCAUGCUUCUAGAGUUGUUCAGAAAGUCACUGUUUCAACAUUUUUUAUUUUUGAUUUUUUUCCACAUAUACUCAGUGAACUUCAAGCCUAGAGCCCAGGUAAUUAUGGUGGGCCACAUAUACAAAAGUUGCGAUCCAUAAAUUUACACAGAAUUUAAACCUGUGCUUUGCACAGUCCAAGGAAUAAAUGCUUCUGAGAAGUAUCUGCAUUUUUAUUUUAUAUAUAUAUAUAUGUGUAGAUAAUAAAGAUAUAUAAGAAGUAUAAAUAUAUAUAUUCUGUAUCUAUAUUUUAAGCCUUUAACAUUCAGCUGUGAUGCCUGGCCAACAAGCUGAUAUUCCUGGCUCUUGGAUCCCAAAUCUUGCCAUAGAAUUUUAGGCCGAUUUUGCUAUUGUAAGCCGGGUGUUUGCACAAUGCGGCCAAUUUCACAAUGACCUUUGUUGAGGUCAGAUUUGCUUCGACACAGUUGUAACUUGACUAUACCCAUGAUGGAAAUAGUUAAGAAAAUCAACAGAGCUGAAAAUAAUGUGCAUGCAUAGAUAGAGCAGAUUGUUUCACCAAGCCUUUAGACCCUCCCUCCUGAAAACAUGCAAAUAUGUAUUUAAAAAGUAAUUAUGCAUUUCAGUAAUUUAUUGCUCACUCUGGAUUAGCAAAAACAGGAAUUUUUACUGGAAGCUUAUUAAGAACUUUUCUGUGGAGAGUAUAGUCUUCAUUGUACUCCUCCACUAUUAUACUGGGCAUGUUUUAAAGCACAUAAUUUUCACAGUAUUAUUUUCAUAUGCAAUGUACGAGGUGCGAUUACUCGUAACAAUAGUGAAAAAAUUGCCACAUCAGUGCCACUUAAUCGCCAGUCAUAUUCUUGAGGAGUGUAGUCACUUUAUAUGUGCAUGAGUCAAAUGGUUAUCCUUAGACCAUAUUCUCAACAUAGUAUUAUGCCUUUGAUUGGGAUUCAGUAUGACCAGGAAUUUUAUUUAAGGAUGUAACUAUUUAUACCUCAUAUUUUUACCUCAUAUUUGUUGGUUUUUUUGUUGACUGUAAAUAUGUUUAUCUAAUAUUGUGUGAAAUUCUGAUGCAUCUAAAAAUAUUUGUGGUUAAAGUUUUCAUUAUUUCUUGUACAAAAGGUUUAUUUUUUUCCUCAUCAUUAUGAAAUGCACUAAUAAAGAUUACAGCGUAUAAGUAA